GGACGCUGCCCGCAGCCAUGGUGCAGGCCUGGUACAUGGACGAGUCGGCUGAGGAGCCGUGGCGGCCGCACCGCGCCAAGCCCCACCGUCCCGUGGGCCUGGAGCAGCUGCGCGCGCUCGGCGUGCUCUACUGGAAGCUGGACGCUGACAAAUAUGAGAAUGAUCCAGAACUGGAGACGAUCCGGAGAGAGCGAAACUACUCUUACAUGGACAUCAUCACCAUCUGCAAAGACAGACUUCCCAAUUACGAAGAAAAGAUCAAGAUGUUCUUUGAAGAGCACCUGCACAUUGAUGAGGAGAUUCGCUACAUCCUGGAGGGCAGUGGGUAUUUUGACGUCAGGGAUAAGGAGGACAGGUGGAUCCGGAUUUACAUGGAGAAGGGAGACAUGAUCACACUUCCUGCUGGCAUCUAUCACCGUUUCACACCGGAUGAGCAGAACUACGUGAAGGCCAUGAGGCUGUUUGUGGGAGAACCAGUGUGGACAGCAUACAAGCGGCCAGCUGACCACCUCAACGCCCGGGAACAGUACAUGAAGUUUUUGGAGCAGAUGGCAUAGUGGUGCCUCCUGAGCAGUGACCGUGCCUUAUGAGAUCUCCACUAUGAUUAUCAUUCCGGAAAUCUCUCUUCUGUUUUUACCAAAUAGGCUUGAUGCUAGGUUCUCUUUCUUGCCAAGAUUAUCUGAUCAGAAUACUUUUAGUGAAGGGAACUCUCAAUGUGAUUCUCAUACAGAUGCUACAUAAAUAAUAAGUCACAUUCAUUUUCCCUAAUUCAGUCUAGAUUAGAGGUGUGGGAGUCCUAGAUUGAUGUAUACAUUCAUCUGUAACAAAAUUCAUGCUUUCAUUAACUGCAGAGUAAGUAUAUUUUGUAGGUGUGUGUCAGGGUGGGAAACCACACCCAUCCUUUGGGAGUGUAUAGUUGUACACAGCACAGCUAACCGGAUGAGAGACCCUUUUCUUCAAAACUAUAAAGGGGUGGGGAAAUGGUCCCAUGUUAGGGGUACCUCUACAUUGUUUGUGUCUUGUUCAAAAUAAAGUAGUUUCACUUUAACUUGA